AUGGCGCCUCCUCCAGCACAACAUUCCAGCGAGGCAGAGGAGCUGCGAAAGGCUACUACCUUCCACUCAAGCCUAUGGGGCGAUUUCUUCCUCACUUGCCAGCCGCCAACUGCAACUCAGGUUGGUGAAAUUGACCUAUACUUGUCCUCCACGCAGCAAGCAUACAUGGAAGAACGAGCUGAGGUAUUAAGAGAAGAUGUUAGGAAGAUUUUGAUGGGCUCAACUGAAUUACCAGAAACACUGAAUCUUAUACUCACACUGCAACGACUUGGACUGGAUUACUACUACGAGAGUGAGAUAGACAAGUUGCUGCAUGGUAUUUACAACUCCGAUUACAAUGAUAAAGAUCUAAACUUAGUUUCCCUGCGGUUUUAUCUUCUUCGAAAGAAUGGUUACGAUGUGUCAUCAGAUGUAUUUCUACACUUUAAAACAGAAGAAGGGGGCUUUGCUUAUGCUGACACGAGAAGCUUGUUAAGCUUGUAUAAUGCAGCAUAUUUGAGGAGACAUGGAGAGAAGGUACUGGAUGAAGCAAUUUCUUUCACAAGACGUUGCCUUCAAGAUAUCCUUGAACUUCCAGAAUCGCCAUUUGCAAAGGAGGUGUCCGCUUCACUUCAUACCCCACUUUUUAGAAGGGUUGGAAUAUUAGAAGCAAGAAAUUACAUACCCAUUUAUGAAAAAGACGCUACAAUGAAUGAAGCCAUAUUGGAGCUUGCAGAACUGAAUUUUAACCUUCAACAGCUUGUUUUCUGUGAAGAGUUAAAGCAUUGCACAGUGUGGUGGAAGGAGUUCCUAGCCAAAUCAAAGAUGACUUUUGUUAGAGAUAGAAUAGUGGAGACAUAUUUCUGGAUGAAUGGGGCAUGCUAUCAUCCUCCAUACUCUCGUUCCCGAAUUAUACAAACAAAGAUCACAUCUUUUAUUACAAUAAUUGAUGAUAUGUUUGACACAUAUGGUACCACCGAAGAGUGCAUGAAAUUUGUUGAAGCAAUUGGCAGAUGGGAUGUAAGUGCAGUACCUCUUCUUCCAGAGUAUAUGAAGGGUUUCUACUUAUUUCUGUUGGACACAUUUCAUUCAUUUGAGGAUGAGUUAGGGGCAGAGAAGAGUUACCGUGUGCUUUAUCUAAAACUGGCGAUGGAGCGUUUGGUUCAGCAGUACUACAAUGAAAUAAAAUGGCGUGAUGAAGACUAUGUGCCAAAAACAAUGAGUGAACACCUUCAAGUUUCAAUGGAAAGCAUUGCAUGCAUCCCUAUUACAUGUGCCGCAUUUGUUGGAAUGGGUGACAUAAUAACAAAGGAGACACUCGAGUGGCUUUUGAGCUUUCCUCAAUUUGUAAUGUCUUUUGGUAUAUAUGUACGCCUCUCAAAUGAUGUCGCAUCAACCAUGGACAAUGUUUCACAGCGUGAACAAACAAAAGACCACAGUGCCUCCACUGUCCAUUGCUACAUGAAGGAGCAUGGAACAACAAUGAAUGAUGCAUGCGAAAAGAUAAAAGAACUUGCUGAAGAUAAAUGGAAGGACAUGUUAGAACAAUGCCUUGCACUGACAGAACUACCAAAGGUCAUGCCACGAACAGUGUUUGACUUCGCAAGAACCGUAGAUAAUAUGUACAAGAAUGAUCAUGAUGGAUACACUUCUUCAGAAGCACUCAAAGAAAUGAUAGAACUACUAUUCGUGAAGCCAAUACCCAAAUGA